ACCAAAACCGAUAGCUUUUCUAGCAACCCGGGUUCGGUUCCGAACAGCUGUCCGGCUAAAACACAUUUUUCUAUCAUAAUUAAUUGGCGCUAGGCGCAUUAUUAAAUCGUAAGGACCUACUAAACAACUAUGACUCGAAAUAGCAUCGACUUGGGCGACGUUACGCCGCACAACAUAAAACAACUGAAGAAGCUCAAUACAGUGGUGUUCCCGGUCUCCUACAACGACAAGUUUUAUGUGGAUGUUUUGGAGGCUGGCGAAUUGGCCAAAUUGGCCUACUACAACGACAUUGUGGUCGGGGCCGUUUGCUGCCGCAUCGAUACAACUGAGAACCAGAGACGCCUCUAUAUCAUGACACUUGGCUGCUUGUCGCCCUACCGGCGCCUGGGGAUCGGCACCGUGAUGUUCGAGCACAUACUGAACUACGCGGAGAAGGACGGCAACUUUGAUAGCAUUUUUCUGCAUGUGCAGAUCAACAAUGAUGGCGCCAUUGAGUUUUACAAGAAAUUUGGCUUCGAAAUCGUCGAUACCAAGGAGCAGUAUUACAAGCGCAUCGAGCCCGCGGAUGCCCAUGUCCUGCAGAAGGCACUCCGACGCAACCCACCGAAUGCCAACAGCAUCAGCACCAGCACCAACAGCAACGCCAGCAACCAAAAUCCAAGAAGUAAAGUACGCCAGUACACUUUUGUAUGAAUUUCAAAUAAAUAAAACCGCUUUGGCAAUGGCAA